AUGGCCCAGCAAAAGCGAUGGCUCACCCAGCCAAACUCCAAGCUCGGCAAGGUUGACCUCAGUUUGAUUCUUCGUAAAGAAGGCGCUUGGGAAGUUCUUGCGCCCGAGACUCGGCAAGAGCUCUACUCCAUGCUUCCAGCACCAAGAGAAGGCGAGCCCGCUCAAAACAUUGACGUGCACCCACUCAAGACGCAUUACAAGCAAUACAUUGAAGAGGAACUGCGACGUUGGCAGCAAGACUUGGUUGAUGGAAAGGAGGCGAAGAAAUGGCGCGAGGAUGCCAUGAAAGCUGGACAGGAACGUGCAGAGGGCAAGUGGGAUGCGUGGAAGGAGCAGCAGAAGGAGAACGAUUGGGGUCAACGAGACGAGAAUGGUACGCCCAAGGAGGAGAGCAUGGAGAUGGAAGUAGAGGGCGAUGGGAAAUGA